UUCUCCCUCUCUCCUCCUUUCCUCCUCCUUGGUCCCCCCAAAAUAUACAGAGUCCCCCAAGGUGCCUGGGCAGCCUGUGAGGAUACAGGUGCCAUUCACAGACCCACGGCAGCAUCACGCUUGACGUGUGCACCUGCAGCAGGAGAGGCGAGGUGACCCGCAGAGGGUGGUCUCGGCGGGUUGAGGCCGCUUCAGGAGCGGAUCCUGCAAGGCGAGCAGAGCUCCCUGGGCCACCGCAGCCGUGCAGAACAAAAUUCAGAAAAGUUGGCCUUUUUCCCGGCAACAGUACCCCGGCACUGUAAAUCCCGUACUUGGGCAGUGUCUAGGUGUUACCGACAGACAAAUCGGUGCCUUCCCUGCGCCUCCUCAUUAGCAACUGCCUGGCCUUUGUUGGAAACCCUGGGCUUCCCCCCAGCUUUUGCUUUUGCUGGGGGGAGGGUUGACUUCAAACUCCACUAAACAGUAGAGGCACAAUGCAAACAAAUGUACUGCAACAUGCAGCUAUGCAAAUAGCUUUAGAGCACAGCACGUUUUCCUGAGCGCUAAUUGCUACGCCGGGAUGGUUGCGUAGCAACAGCUACGUUUGUGUCUCUGACAGCUACUGCCCCUUGAUUCCUCUGACACCUUCUGUGACAAACAGGGAAGGAGGAAAGCGUAGGGCUGGCCUGGGAGAGCCAGGCGGGCUGGGAGGCAGCGAGGGGAUCAGGUGACGAGAUUGACUUGGGACACCAGGCUGUCUUCUGGUGGCAGUAGGAGAUGCAUGCAGACGAGCUGGAGUCGGGGUGUUGCAGCCUGGGAAGCUAUAGCUCUGCAUAGGCAGCUUUGUGUAGACAGCCAGAAAGGGCAGACCUGCCAUCUCCCAGGCGCUGCGGAAAAGCUCACUGUCAGGUGGGAUGUCUCUCCUGUCACAGUAAAUCCCUCUAUGCCCCAUCCCAGCUUGCAACUGCUGCUGCAGCUUGCCUGUAAGCCAGGAGUCCCCGGCAAGUGGCCUCCCCUUGCUCCCCGGCCCUGGCAUCGCUCUAGCCAGGCCUGUGGCUUCUCCAGCCAGCGAGACGAUGCGUUCCUCAUACGCAUCCAAAAACUAAGACUUCCCCAAACUGCGGGAAGGGGUGAGCAUGGGCACUGGAGGAAAAGGGUGCGGACUGUAUGGACAGACAAGGAUCUGAUGUCCUGGGCCUCUUGGCUUGUCCGCUGAGCCUAGCAACAUCUGCUUGGCCACCCUGUGCCUCCAGGAAGGCAAGCUCUGAAGAGAUGGGGGUGGUUGGUUCCCAAGAGUAGUUUUUCUUCCUGUUAAAACCAUGUUCCUAAUUUCUGUUUCUCCAAGUUUGCCGUCAGUCUUCAGUUCUCGUUGUGUCUCUGUCAGCCACACUGAAGAGCCUGUUGGUGCCUGGUGUGUUCCUCCUGUGCCGCACUCAACUUCUGUAAUCAGCUCCCCUCUUUGUUGCCUCCCUGAUAAGCUACAUAAAUGAUUUCUCUGCAACAGAUUGCACAGUCUGUAGGCAGCCCGGCCUAAAGAGCCACGGGGCACUUCAGAUAAGCUCUCUGGUUACACCUGAGCACAUGUCAAGCUCUGCUCCAAAGCUGUUUCUCUAGUUGUGACCCUCUUAGCUAAGGCCCACGCUGGACAUCUCUAUUCUGGUCCACUAAACAGUGCCAGUCUGUGCGCACAGUUUGCAUUUGGCUGUCCUGUCUUGGAGGCUUGCAGCAUUAAAUGGUAAGGAAGUGGGCAAUCCUGUAUCCAUUGGCCUCAGGGCCAGAGGAUGGUCAUGAGUAUAUUUUAUUUAGUAAUAACAGAACAGAAACAAACGGCAGGAAAUGCUAGGGCAAUGCCAUGCUGCACAGAUGAGGGGGUCGCAGGGAGCAUGGAGCUGUGUCCCGGGGAGCUGCGAGCUGCGAGGAGCAGCCUGCGUCUCAGCUGCGCUGCGUAGGAGGCAGGCAGCUCCGCAGGCGGACGGGGAGAGGAGAGGCCGCAGUGCCAUCGAGCUGGGGCAGGUGACUGGGAGAGCUUUAUCUAAGGCCCAGAAAAACGAGAAGCUGCCAGAGGCACCCGAACUGUGGUAGGCUGAGGAUGGAGUAGAGGAGCUCAAGAUGGGAAAUUGCUUUCAGUCUUUGGGACUAAAUGAUUGGAAAGUGGAGGACCCUGUACACAAUGUGACUGCAGAAGCAGCUGAAGUGUGUUGUCAAGCGGGAGAUGGGUCUCCUGAGGACACGGGGUCUUGAAUCUUAGUGCAUUUAUUUCCUUUUUUCAAGGAGGAAAAAUAUUUUUCUCUCUGGUUUUUAGCUUUGCAGUUUAACAAGCUGUGUGCAGCUCAGGUUACCUCCUGGGAGCGUGGUGGGGCAGCUAGACGAAAAUUAGAGCUGUGGUCUCAGAACCGGAUCAAAGGAAAGAAUCGAGGUGAAAGCCAGAAACAAGGCGCCCGCGAAGGUGUUUGGGAGCAGGAGAGCCUGCGUGCCCUCUGCGCUGCGAGCAGGACGUGGGCCUUUCCUGACCCUGCAUGCGCCAACGUGCCCUCUCCUGCGCAAAGCAGGUGUGACAGGUGACCGGCUGCGUUUUACAUCGCUGUGAGUUACCGCUGGGCAAGGAAGAAUCAUGCCCGGUCGCCUGGCUCCCUUCUCCCAAAUUAGGGACUCCAUGUACAGACCCUGGAAACAUGUAAUCCCCUCCCUAGCGAGGCAGCGCUCCGGGUGCAGCGUGCCUUUUCCUCCUCGCUGCAGAGCCGGGCGACCGCUCUGCCUGUGCCUUGGGCUCUUCUUUCGCAGGCGUUUGCAUUUAACACCGAAAGCAGCCCCGACGAGGAAGGAGGUGGCUGUUCUGCCACCGUAACCACUUCCCUGUCCCCCCACCAUUCAAAAUCCCUGCGAGGCGGCUGGGCUCGGGGGAGCGUGGCGGCGGGGUGGGCCGGGGCAGGGCCACACCUCUGCCGCCGCUGUUAUAAAUUCAGGCUGGCUCGGGGAAAAUGGCUGCCACUCUUAGGAGCUGGGCUUCCCACCAGUGAGGAUGCAACAGAGACAAUAGCAAUAGAUUCUAACAAUCAACCGAAGUCUCCACUGGAAAAGUUUAUGGUCAGACUGUGUACGCAUCACCAGAAGCAAUUCAUUCGUGUGCUAAACGACAUAUACACUGAAGUACAACCAGACUCUGAAGGCCAGCAGUUACCUGAAUCUGAAAGCAUGGAGGCCUCUACUUGUGGCUCUGGUUGCAGCCAGCGAAGCACUGAAAAUCAGGAUAAGGGUGCUACUUGUACUGAAUCAAAGCUCCCUUCUUCCUCAGACCCAGGACAGUCGGGGUCUGAUGGCACCCUGCAUGUUACAGGACAAACGCUGAAGCAGCCUACAGAGCUGAAGUCUACAGACAGAGAAGAGAGCUCCAGUCCUGCUUUGAAAAGAGACUUUUCUGAAAUCCCCAUUACUAGACGUAGUUCUGCUAGUCCAAAGGAUAGCUCCUCCCAAGGAUACCUCAGCACGUUGAACUCUUCCUCUUUGAAUUUCCAUCAUGCCGCAAAGAACCUGGAAGGACAGGCUGCUGGACGCGAGCAAGAAACUGGCGUCAAAAAGUGUGAGGACAAUAAAGAGCAGGUAGCAGGUAAGACUCUCAUGGAAGGCUAUAUCUCUGUCAAAGUAGCAAAUGUGAAUGGCAGUGAGGACAGCUUAGACAGCUGUCUGGGAUCCCAAAAGAACUCUUUCAAAGCUUUACCCGAAGAGUCCUGGGAUUCUGGCUUUACGGUAAACUCUCCUCGCAGAGCUGACAAGGAGAAUGCUUUGCAGUGCAGCUCGAAAGCAUCUUUGCACCAGGACUUCGACGCAAAAGAACCAGACGCGAGACCAAAGCAAGAAAAUCACCUGCUGCACGCCGCGGCCAAGGGCAAGGCGGGCUGCCACCUGCACCCGGGUGACAAGGGCCCGCUAGAGAUUUCCAAAGAGGGCUGGCUGCCCGCCAGCGCCCCACCGGCCGCCCCCCGGGCCCCCGGCGGGCACCCCCGUGCCAAGGCCGCCUCUGCCCGCACCACCCGCAAGAGCAAAAAGGCAUCGGGGCUGAGGAUAAACGACUACGACAACCAGUGCGACGUCGUCUACAUCAGCCAGCCCAUCACCGAGUGCCACUUUGAGAGCCAGCGGUCGGUGGCAUCCCGCAAGACAGCGAGGAAGAGCACGCGAGGGUAUUACUUCAACGGGGAGUGCUGCGAGCUCCCGACUGUCCGCACUCUGGUUAAAAGCUCCCGGGCAGAGGAAAGGGGGAACAGCCCGGCACUGAGAACAGAAACGCUAGUAAGCACUAAGCCGACCCUGGUGCUCUCGGGGGGUGGGUCUUUGGGGGCAGGAAGGGAAGGUGAGAAAAGGGUUUCUCUGAGGCUCCUGGCUAAAGGGGCACCAUCCAGCAGAGAAACUAGAGAGCGAGCUGAUUUGGGCUCUGCCGAACGCGAGCCCCGGGAUACCUGGGCGCUGAGGUCGAGGGAAGCUGCUAUCGCUGUGCCCCUGUUCUCUCUCUCUGCUCCACCUAGUCCUCAGAAAGAGGAUGACUUGGCCAGCUCGCAGCCCCCAAGCUCCCCUCCCACCGAAAGAGGGGAGACGAGAGCUGGAGGCACCGUUUCCUGGCAGGCUGGCAGCAGGCUGGAUUCCCCUGGGGACAGCAGGCCCACGGACAGCAGUGGCACGCAGGCUGCAGAUUUUACAACCCUUCCUGCCUCAGAAGCACCCGGCAGGGAGGAGGGUUCCCCAGGUUCAGAAAUGCAAACUAUUCCAGACCUUCCUGCCAGCCCGGAGCCCAGGUCUCCCUUGCAGCCCUCUACUGCUGUGGACACCGCACCUCUGGCCAGUGCUGGUGUGAGGGAUCCUGCUGAGCUUCCAGGCACUGGAGACGUGGAGCCCUCUGGGGUGCAUCCCGCAGAGCCCCCUCCAUGCUCUCUGGACCUGCAAAUUCCCGAUAAGCCUCCUGCCGCUGUGGACGAGGAGAGUCCGCCAGAGCCCCCUGCCAGCUUGCAGUGUGCGGAUGUGAACAAAAGCAUCGAUGCUAAACCAGAGGCCGAACUAUCAGGCAUUCUGGGUGACAGCUCACUUGAGCAAGAGGAGGCUGUGCCAGCUAACACAGGCCUCCCUGAAGUCUUGGAAGGGGAGACAGCACAGAACAGUAGUCUGCCAGGUGAGAAAGAGCCUGCUGAAGGCGAAACACUGCCUGAGCCUGAAGGCUCAGAAACAGUAGGGAAAGACUCCAUCUCUUCCAAAGAGAGUCUAGACAAGAAGCGAAAGAAAGGGAGGAGAGUGCUUGUGGCAUCAGACCGGCGUCUCCGAAGCCAGCAAUCUCAGCCACCCGUGGAGGGCAGUGUUGAGGAGGCUGGUUCUUCCAGCUCUGCGCAGCUUCCCUGCCUUCAGAUCAAACUCUCCAAGAGUCCUGGCGCUAAGCGGUUUAAGAGGGAAGUGCAGCUGGAUGAGAUAGCAUCUGUGCACUUCCCAAAUGACUGCUUCCAUAAAACGCUGCUCAAGAACAGCGAGGGGCCGAGCACCGGCCAGGCUCCAGAGAGCAUCCCUGAGCAGCUGCCGGUUGAGGAGAGCGGUGUCACUACUAGACAAAGCUAUAAAAGCAUCCUAGCAAAAGAGACUGCAGCAGAGGGAGAAAAUUCCUUAAAAGAUGCCCCCCCUGCUAAAGGCAGCCCAAGUCAGGCAGGUGAGAUGCUGGAAAUCUGUGUCCAGGCGGAUUCUGAGAAGGGAAGUGUUCUCCUCCCUCAGGAAAGCAGUGCGGCUGCAAAUGAUGAAGAGCAAGUGGAUGUGAAACCAGGCGAUGGCAGUGCAAAGGAGGAGGAGGAGAGUGCUGACAGUGCCAUGGACACAGGAAAGCUUGAGAAUUUCGAGCCAGUGACCAAUUCAUCUCCGUGUCCCAGCAGUAGAGGUGGAAGCAAGCAUGUUCCAGCAAAGGCUGUGAAGCAUAAAAAGGUAGCCUUGCAGUUUUAUAACUUAAGACAUACACCUGCACCUGUAGACACUGCAAAAAAGAACACACCAGGGAAGGAGUCUAUGCAAGCAAUCCCCAAACUGAGGGACGAAUGCAGUUCAGGGAAUGACGACUCCGCAGCAUUGGAGGAUAUAGACACAGCUGACAGCAAACCAAAGUUCAUGGAGUGGUGUGCUGAAGAGGAGAACCAGGAGCUCAUUGCUGAGUUCAACGCCCAGUACCUGAAAGUUCAGAAGGGCUGGAUUCAGCUGGAAAAGGAAGUGCAGCCGACCCCCAAGGUAAAGAACAAAGCUGACAAGCUGAAAGAGAUUUGGAAAAGCAAGAAAAGGACACGGAAAAGUAGAGGGUCACUGGAAGUUCAGAAGCUUUCUCCUGUCCAGAUGUUGUUUAUGAAGGCCUUUAAGCUGUCUGACAUCUGCCAGUGGUUCCUGGAGACAACUGAAACCAGAUCUCUAGUGAUUGUGAAGAAACUCAACACCCGUCUCCCAGGGGAGAUACCUCCCAUCAAAGUCCCCCUGCAGAAGUACUCCUCUUCCAGUCUUUAUCCCAGCUCACUGCAAGCUGAACGUUUGAAAAAACACCUCAAGAAAUUUGCCGCAACUACCCCAGCUCGGAAUAACCUGAAGAACCAAAAGUUGUGGGCCAAAAUUCGAGAGAAUGCUGAAAAAGCAGAGGCUGAAGAAACCACUGGUCCCAACCAGACGUCCCCCUCUGAAGCCAGCUCUGAAGAAGUGAGUGAAGACAAAAACGUUCAAUCCUCUCCAAGCUUGCCCACGCAGGCAAGCACGAGGAUCCUGCGGAAAUACUCCAAUCUGCGGGGGAAACUGCGAGCCCAGCAUCGCAUGAUGAAGGCAGAGAAGAGGAGCGACGGCCCGGGUGAUCACCCUUCCAUGGAGAGCAAGCAAAGCCGGAAAAGCGUGUGUAUCAACCCACUGAUGUCUCCAAAGCUGGCCUUGCAGAUCAAAGCGGAUGCGUUUCCUGCUAAAUCCCCGUCAGUAGAAGGGCCGGGAAAGGGGCGGAAAGGAAAGAGCAAGUCCCAGGAGGACCCCUCGCCCAAAUCUGACCUCCAGCUCAGCAGAAAGAAGAGAACACUGAAGGAGAGCGGGAGCACGCAGGAGCGGUCAGGCUCCUCCAGUAAAGACAAGCUGCCUGCCAAGAAGGCCAGUAAAAUAAAGCAUUCGGAGGUCAGUACAAAAGCUCCUGCAACCAGAAAGCAAGCUGCCAUGGAGAGAAGCAAUAAGCUUGCUAAAAAGAUGUCUUUGAAAGAGAAGAGAGCCCCAAAAAGGCAGCUCGAGAAAGUGCGGCUCCCCAUGCGGAAGGGCAAGGAGAACACGAGCCGACGGGCCGUGCUGCCUCCCAGCCACGAGGAGCUGGCCAAGUCUCCGAAGCAGAAGCCCCUGGGGGAGUCCUCGACGCGGUCACAGAAGAUGGCCAACAAGAAGCCCAGCAGCGGGAAAACCCUGACGAGGUCCAUGAAGAAGAUGCAGGAGAGCAGCGGGGCACAGGGCAAGAGGAAGCUGAGGGCAAAAGUUGACUGUUCGCACAGCAAGCGCUCGCGACUGGAUACGAAAUAGCGAAGAACCGGUAGCCAUGUACAAAACUGUUGUAUAGUAGUAACCCUUUACCAUGCAUUAACUAAAGCUGCUUUUAUAAGCUGUAGCAAGCCUUUAAAAAUCCGCAGUUAAAGGAUAACGCCCGUGAUUUUAGGCAUCGGAAGAUGUGUCUCGGACAGAGGAGAGAUCAGCCUGUCUGUCUCUGCUGUUCAGAAGGAAGUUUCUGCAGUUUGAAUGUUCCUUGGAUUUUUAAACUUGGAACCAGGCAGUUUUAGUUAAAAGUACAGUGCCUUAUUUAUCACUUUAAAAAUAAAAAUAAGAAGCUCGUC